AUGGUUGAUCACUACGGGAACUAUCAUGUCAAUCAUGCGACAACAUCUGAGUCUUAAUUGGUUACUCUGCUGAUUUCGGACGGUCAGAAGAUGGAAACUUCUGGAGAUGGACUCAAGAGGUUCUUAUAAUUCUGGAUUGGUCUGAGCUCCUGGAUACUAUGUCUGAAUCGAUGGAGACUGCUUUUGUUUCAUAGCUGGAAUUCCGGUCUCUUCUUUGAUCCGAAACUCCGACGGGCUUCUUAAGAACCAAAAGCCGAGUUGGAAAGUGUAUACUGAAAUUGAAUUAGAAUGGUCUCUAAACUAUGCGCAGGCCAUUCUAAGGCUAAAACCGGCAUGCCAGGCAUUGUAAUAGGUGGAAAGCCGGUAUUUCCCAACCCUGUUCAUCCACCAUUCCUGAAGGGCUCGGGUUUAGGUUUUGGGAGGCUUGGGAGGAUGGGUAUUACAUUUAAAAUGCAACAAAAGGUUCUCUUUUUAUACUCCUAUUGUAAUUAAAACACCUUUUGACGCUAUAUAUACGCCAUAUUAAUGAUAUACUUCCUUUAACAUAUGUGGUCCAUUCUUUCUGUAUUAAAUGGUUGAUUAGUUUUUUCAGAAAAAAGAUUUCAAAUUGAAUUUGAUUAUUUAUUGUCGGAGUACCCUGUAUGUUUUUUAGAUUAUAGGCGCCCCAGCUGUUUCACUGAUCCAACUGUGAGUAACUUUAGUAUCCCGGCUAUGUUCUCAUAGCCUCUUUAAAUUGGACUGAGUACCUCCUCUCUGCUAUUGAGCAACUCCACCAUGGUUUUCUCUGCGUCUCCGUGGAUGUUGGAUUAUCAGAAAUCUAACAUAUCGUUCUCUCUUCAUCACAUCUGACAGAUCGUUGUAGGAUAUUUCCCCUAACAUGAAUAACAACAGCAGGAAUAUUUCUGAAUGUCGAUUUGCUCGUAAUAUAACAAAAUAUGAUAAAGUGGUCGAGUGACUGGGCAUCUCAGCCAAAAGGUUGGUAAUGCAAAAUUGAAUGAUAUUACCCUCUUACCAAAUUGUUUGCUUUUAGGCCCCUUCAGGGAGCAUCAGUGCAGUUUUCUUCUUCGAUGUUGUUUCAGAUACCGUUCUGCUUGAAGCUUUUUGUCGCUCACUUUGUUUGCCGAGUGCUUUCAAUGAUUGAUGCCUAAAAACUAUCGUCUUUCUUCCUAUCAUACUGCUGUGUACGAAGAGCGUAUCGGUUUUGUUUCAUGCUCAACAAAAUUAGUUGGGUAUUUAACUCUUCCUCAUACAAUGAAUACAAAGGAAAGACAUCCUUGAAGGCCAGAAAGAUGUUAGAGUUUCUCCACAAUAGCCUGUUUGCAACUUUCUCUCCCCCUUUGUGGAUUGUCUAUCUUUCGUAAAAGCCUCAUCUACUGGUUGACAAGUCAAGAAACCCGAGUAAUCAAAGCCAUGUUCUGAACUGGGUCAGUUCUUUUUGGUUUGGGUUCUGGUUCUGAUUCAGCUUGGGAAUCCGUGGCUUCCAUGUGUGACCGAUUUAUUAACGAAAUUAUAAAUAUUUUCCAGCACCCAGAAAAGGGGUGUCUGGUUUCAGCCUAGAAUCAGUCUGACAGUGAUCAUAAUAGAUGCUGUAGUAUCAUUUAUUUAUUUACCUUGGUGAGUUUCUUUCCCGUAUGCCUGGGUGCCUUACCAGCUAUUUGCCUGUGCUGUUGAUUAGUUCCUUGAGGUAAGUUUAUAUUUUAUGUCAUUACAGAAUCUCCAGAAUCCACUUCAUCAUUGCACACUGCCGUGCAAACAGCUACCCUCUUUUCUAUAUCACUGUCCUGCUGCUGCUCCAUCCAAUCUCAACUGUCCCCACGAAUAUCAUGUAGGACAAGCCACUGACUGAAUCUUUUCAUCUCUUUCAAGUAUCUACCUUUGAUGCCAACCAAUUAACUCCUCCAUUAUACUAGGGAUCUGCCAUAGACUGAUAAAUUCACAUGGAAACCUUUGCCAGACUCUGGGGAAAAUCAGAUUAUUUAGGGCGUAGUUAAUAUUGUUAGGCACAUGAUUGUGGUCGGCCAUGGUUAUUGUGAUCUGAGAGUUGGCCACUUUUAGAAUGGUCCAGUUGGGUCAAUUUCAUGAAACGAAUGCAUGGUCAACAAUGGGAUGUUACUUUCCAUGUAUGAUGGGACAUUCACUGUAGCUACUGCUGGUUAUUACAGUAACUGGGUCGGCUGCUUGAUUACUAACGGAGUUGUCAAAAUUGUGGAUGCAGCUCCGGGACUUCACCUCUUAUUUGAAGCAGAGGGAGUGCGCCGGAGUGAUCAAGCUCCCGGCAGGGGGUUCCAUGUGGGCGAGGCUGCUCUUCAUCCUCCCCAACUCUUCUGAGGCUUGCUCCCAGCUGUCGAUCCCGCCUCAUCCCUCCGAAUGCCUGAUCGCCUUGGUUCUGCCCAAGGAGGACGGGCCUUGA